CCUCCCUCUGGCUGUCGCCUUGUCCAACCUCCAUUCUUGUUGGCUGGCUGAGCAGGCGCGUAUAUCUCCUACCAAUUCUCUGGACAGGACGGCACUGCGGGUUUCGCACCACAAGGUAAAAUAAUCAUCCUCGGUUUCAGGUAAGAUGUGGGUGAUCUUCUCAACGACGUCACGGUUCGUUUCAUGCGGAGUUGGAGUUGCAAGGAUACAAGUAUCCAACACCACUCAGUUCAAGUUCUCCUCCGCCGCUCUCAUGCCGCAGAACGGAACCGUAUCUUCCUCUCGCAAUUUCUCCGCAGAAGUGGAUUCCAGACUGAAAUGAGAUAACUUCUCUCGUUGGCUUCGACCAUGGCGUCUCCUACUAUCGACUUCCCCUCAUCGAACAACACUGUCGAUGUACGAUUGGUGGAUACCACGGCAGUGUUGACCGCGAGGGCCGAGUCAUUCAUCGAACCUGUUCAGGAAGGCCACGAAGUCCUGAACAUUACAUGCGCUGCUUUCCUGCUACACCAUGAGUCCUCCGGAAAGAGGAUUAUGUUCGACCUUGGUGUUCGCAAGGAUUACUGGAACCUGUCCGCCACCAUCCAGAAACGCCUAGGAGAUGUCAUUCCCAGUCUGAAAGUCGACAGAGACACUACUGAAGUUCUCACUGAGAAGGGAGUUCCACUAGACUCGAUUUCUUCCGUGAUUUGGUCCCACUACCACUGGGAUCACACAGGGAAUAUGUCAUUGUUCCCACCCUCAACUGAACUCAUCGUCGGUCCUGGCUUUAAGGGGUCACCUCUGCUCCUGCCAGGCUUCCCUGAAAACCCCGAUUCGCCUGUUUGCAGUUCAGACGUCAACGGCCGUAGUCUGAGGGAGGUUGACUUUGAAGACUCCGACCUUCAAAUUGGAGGCUUUGCAGCAUGCGACUUCUUCGGCGAUGGCUCCUUCUACCUGCUCAAUACUCCAGGGCAUUGUCUAGGCCACAUGUGCGGACUUGCUCGAACCACCCCUGGAGACGAGAGCACCUUCUUGCUUCUAGGCGGAGAUAUCUGUCAUUUUGCAGGCGACAUCCGGCCGAACGCGAGCUAUCCCCUACCGGAUGAAAUCCCAGCCAGCGUGCUAGACCACGAUCCCGAUUAUUUUCCUGUUCCUUGCCCGUGUAGCUUUUUCACGGCACAUCACCCUGUGCUUUCAAGAGAGGGAAGAAACGACGGAAGGCGAACUACACCGUUCUUCAAAGUUUCCACUCAUCCGAAGUCAUCGUACGUCGACCCGCCGACAGCGCAGAAAUCAGUCGACAAGCUCAUAGAUUUCGAAAGCUGCCCUCGAGUAUUUGUCUGUCUGGCUCACGACCCGACGCUGUUCCAAUACCUACCUACUCUCAAUGAGGACCCAGAGUCGACCUUGAAUGACUGGCAAUCUCAAGGCUGGAAGGACAAGUGCCGGUGGGAUUGGCUUAAUGAAUUGCCGCGGAAUGGGAGGCAAGGGCGGAAGCCAAUUGUAGAAGGGUUCUGGCGGGAUGGGAAGCCAUGGGACAGGCCGGCGGCGGGAUAAGACAAGCAAAGAUGCUGUUCUAGGAGCCAUCCACUUAUCAAGCUGGUACUUACACGAGGCUGCACCCACGUUCGUGACAUGAAUGAAUCAUGGUAUGCUAUAGGGUCUAAGGAGUGCUGUCCGCAGGUAGACUAGUGGUUUAGCUUGACCUGGGCCUGGCAAGCUACAAGUAUCUUCUCCCUCUGACUCUCAAUCUCAAUCCUUGAACAUAUCCCACA